UGAGCCCCAGCCCUGAGCCCAGCCCCUUACCACUUCAGCCCCGCAGGAUCUCCAUUUUCUUCUUCUUUCCCUGUCAAGGAGCUCCGCCACCACAAUCCAAAGGCUUAUUCGAAAUGAAUGACGAAUACGACGUUAUCGUCCUCGGCACCGGACUGACGGAAUGCAUCUUGUCUGGAAUCAUGUCGGUGAAGGGGAAGAAGGUGCUACACAUGGACCGCAACUCUUACUAUGGAGCUGACAGUGCCUCCAUCACGCCUUUGGAUGAUCUCUACGCACGCUUCAACCUCCCCGGCAAACCUCCCGAGUCCAUGGGAAAAGGUCGGGAUUGGAACGUGGACCUCGUCCCAAAAUUCCUCAUGGCCAAUGGUCAACUGGUCCGCAUGCUGCUGAUCACCCAGGUGACCCGUUACCUGGAUUUCAAAGUGAUCGAGGGCAGCUUUGUGUACAAGGCCGGCAAAAUUUACAAGGUCCCCUCCACGGAGGCCGAGGCUCUGAUGUCGAGUCUGAUGGGCAUGUUUGAGAAACGGCGCUUCAGGAAAUUCCUGAUCUACAUUGCCAACUUUGACGAAAACGACCCCAAAACCUUGGAAGGCUUCGACCCCCACAAGACGACCAUGAAAGCUAUUUUUGAGAAGUUCAACUUGGGCAAGGAUGUCAUCGACUUCACUGGCCACUCCCUUGCUCUCUACCGCACAGAUGAAUACCUGAAUCAGCCCUGCAUCAACACAAUAAACAGGAUAAAGCUUUACAGUGAGUCACUCGCCAGAUAUGGCAAGAGCCCAUACCUCUACCCCCUGUACGGCUUGGGAGAACUGCCACAAGGUUUUGCCAGGCUGAGUGCCAUCUACGGUGGGACGUACAUGUUAAACAAGCCCAUUGAGGAGAUAGUGAUGGAGAACGGAAAGGUGGUUGGAGUCAAGUCCGAGGGGGAGAUCGCCAGGUGCAAGCAGCUGAUUUGCGACCCCAGUUACUUCAUGGAGCAAACCUCCAAAGUGGGCCAGGUGAUCAGGGCCAUCUGCAUCUUGAGUCACCCCAUCAGCAACACGGGCGACAUCAAUUCUUGCCAGAUCAUCAUCCCCCAGAACCAGGUUAACAGGAAGCACGACAUCUACGUUUGUAUGAUCUCCUUCGCUCACAACGUGGCGGCACAGGGCAAAUACAUCGCCAUCGCCAGCACCACGGUGGAAACGAAUGACCCCGAGAAAGAGAUCAAGCCCGCCCUGGACCUACUGGAGCCCAUCGAGCAGAAGUUUGUCAGCGUCAGUGACCAGUUUACUCCUAAUGACGAUGGCACUGAAAGCCAGAUUUUCAUCUCCCGUUCAUACGAUGCCACCACCCACUUCGAGACUACCUGUGACGACAUCAAGAGCAUCUACCGGAGGAUGACUGGAUCAGACUUUGACUUUGCCGAGAUGGAGCGCGGGAAGAAAGACAUCUACGGCGACGCUGCCGAGUAGAGACCGCCACGGCCACAACGCACUCCUCAUCAUCACAGACGAACGCUGCCCAAAACUGAAACCUCAUAUAGAAAGAAUACUGACUCAAAAUAAAUGUACACAUCCCAAGUUUA